AUGAAAGGUGACAAUACAUUUCGCUUUCUGAAAUAUAAAGAUGAAAUUAAAAGGAAGGUUGUUGUAUCAUUUAAGACCAAUCACUUUGAUGGCGAGGAUUCUUUAGAUAGUUAUUUUGCUUUAGCGGUUGAGAAGUGGACAGAUAGUAGUUCAAGUGAACAAUUCAUUGCAUUCCGAAGGAAAAUCGCCCCAUACGUUCUAAGCCUGAAGUUAAUUAUUUUUCAUCAAGAUUUAAUAUGUCAAGAGUUGAAAAUAUUUUGGGAACAGUUGGGCGAUACUUGUUUGCCACCGGCCUUAGACCUAGUCGCUAAUUUGGCAUGUGAUAUUAGGGAGGAUUUUUUCAAACACAUUGAUGAUUUUUUACCGCUGGUUGUUAAUGCUAUAAUAAGAAAUUCGAAAAAUGCAGAGUUUCUGGCCAAUUGUUUCAAUUGCUUGUCACAUUUGGUUUAUUUCUUACAUCGGCCCAUGAUUAGGAACAUUCGGAAAAUUUUAAAAUGCUUUCUACCCUUGCUAUCUCACUGCUCUUCUGACAUACCAAGGUUCACAGCUGAAUGUCUAGCCUUCUUGUUUAGAAAGUUUGGAGAUAAAAUUGCGUUGUUCCAUAUUUUGGAAGAAAUGAUUGAAAAUCCUGAGUGCCUCGGAGCUGUAUUAACAGAAAUGUUGUCAGGUGUUGGUGAAAAAGUGCAUACAACUUCUUUAGAGGUUCUUCCUCGUUUAUUAGAUUCUCUAUUUAGCUUAAACUGUGAUAGUAAGCAGUCUGUACACUUGGUUUUUGAUGGCCAUAAAAACAAAACAACCCCACCAGCCGUUAGUGGUACCUCCACGGAGAUGACGAGUUCACCGAACGAUUGCUGUUCCACUUCGAAAAGCAUUAUUGCUGUAAGUUAUUCACUGUCACAAUUAGUAAAGCGGUCUCCAUCUUCUGAACAAAUAAACUACAUUAUUCAACAUUUGACCUGUCAAUGCCAACGCUUAUCAACUAUUCCUAAUCAUCAGUAUUUUCGCGAAUAUCUUACACUCCUGACUAGUUUCCUCCAGUCAGUUGCAAAAUCUGAAUUUAUGCCUUUAUUUGAAGAAAAUAUUAGCAAGAUCCUCAUAACUUUGAUCAACUGUUAUUCAUCACCAGAGGUGCUCAACUUAUGUUGCAUUUUCCUACAGUUUGUAUCUAGAAGAUACAAUCCUUAUGACUUCAUUAAAUCAGUAGUUCAAUGUAAAAAUCAAACACUAGAAAGUCGGCUUGAAUUUUUGAAGAACUUGGCGAAUUGGCAAUAUUUCGAUAGAGAUGUUGCACCGAAUAUUAUUCAUGUACUUUUGGAUACUCACAAUCUUCGUAAUUCUGCUCUUGCUUCUGGGUGUGCAUUGUGCAUAUUUGAUGCAUUAUUUCGGAUAGGACUUGUUAAACAAUUAAUCCCAUUUGAACCUAAUGUAAUUGAUGAUUCCAGUUGUUUAUCUAUCAAUUUCACUUACAUUGUCGGUUCAAUUUUUAAUGAUACAACAACGAGGUCCGAUGUUUCUAAUGUUAUUGAUUGGUUUGUAUCACCGCUUCGGUUACUUUCAAGACGUGAAGACAUUGUUGACAGAAAAUGCUGUGGAUGUACAACUGAAUUACAAGUUCCUUUAUCAAUUCCAAUUUUUUGUUUGCCAUUAAUUAAACCAUUACCGGUGGAAAAUAUUUUAAAAUUAUUGGCUGAUACAUUAAAAACACUUGUAAAUGAUCUAUAUUGUUCAAUUGAGUUCAGUUCAGAGAACAAUAUAACCACAGAAGAUAAAGAGCGAUUAUUCCAAAUAAUGGCAAUCGUACAAGCUGUACAGAAACUCAAAUUCCGCACCAAUACUUAUAAUGAAUAUUUUCAUAUAUCUCCUAAUGAAUUAUCAUUGGAAAAACUUAUUUUAUUAGCCACUUCCUAUCAUUAUUUAUAUCCAGAAUAUUGUUGCAUAAUCUUACGUAUUAUUGAUAUACUCAUCCAUAUAUUGAUUUCUAAUAAUGAUUAUAAACAAUAUCUAUUCAAUCAUCGAGAUGUUCUCCAUGGAGAGUUGUUACCAUUGCUAAUCUCUUAUAGUCAUCAGAUAAGAUUACAUGUUCUAAGAAUUCUCUCUGUAAUGAAUGGUGAUUUAAUCAAUUUCACGGAUUGUAAUAACGAUGAUCAACACGAUGAACAAUCUAAUUCUACUGUACAGAUUAUUAUUGGAAGAUGUUUAAAAGCUGAAAAAAUACAACUUGGACAUCAAACUGUACGUGAUUUUCUAAUGCAUAUACUACAAUUACAUGCUGAUCGUGAUGUAAAAUAUUGUAGACAAGCAGCUGAGAUUGCUAUUCAUUAUUUAUUCGGUUUACUUCAUGUUCAAUUCACCGCUAUUUGGUCACCAGUAUAUGAGGCUAUUGCAAGUUAUUGUGAUUUCAAUUCACUGUUAAAAAGCAAAUCGACUAAACAUGAGACGACUACAUCGAAUGAAUUAGAAAUGAAAGAGAAAAAUUGGAGUAUUGAAUGUAGAAAUCUAUUUUGGAAUAAAUUUCAACCAUUAUUAAUGGAUGUGGAAAGAAAAAUUAGUGAUAGCAAUAAUAAAGAUAUACAGAAUAUUUCGAAUUCUAACGAAACCAAUCUCUAUACUUGUUCAUAUGAAACUGCAAUUAUAUGGUUUACAUCAAUUCGUCCAGAUUUAUAUAGUUUACAAAGAAAAACACCGAAUAAUGAUUGGUUAAUUAUUGAAUCACGUAAACGACCAGAUUGGUUAUCUUAUCGAUUAUGUUUAUGGCAAUGUUUACGUUGGAAAACCGCAGCAAAAUAUACCCAUUUUCUUACACCAUUAUUAUUGAAUAUAAUCAAUUCUGCAAUUCAAUCUGGCUUGAAUAAGUCAACGGAACAACUUCUAUUGACUAUCUUGAAUUUGUAUUCUCAAUUCAAUAAUAUCAAAUCAAUUUAUAUGGAGAAAGAGUUCAAACAAAAUAUUUACCAGUUGUUAAAAUUUAAACAACCCACUAUACAAAAUGCAGCAUUCAAAUGUUUAUUGGCUUAUAAACAAUCGGCAAUUAAUAAUUAUAAAGAAGAAAUAGAGAAGAUUAUUAAUCCACAAACAUUUCGUGAUGCAGUGCGUACAUUUCGACUGGAUACAUCAUUGUUCUCUUCGGAACAUCGUGAAUACAUUGGUGGAGUAUUUUUGCGUAUAUUAUACGGUCGAUUACAGCUAUCAAAAGGUCAAUUCACAUCAGCUGUAUUCACUAAUCUAGCACAAUGUACAAAUUCUGAAUUGAAUUUAUUUUUAAGUUUUUUAUUGGAUCCAUUCGUCAAAGAAACUGAAUGUAUUGAAUUAUCUACCAGUACUUCUAUUUCUACUGUUAUAUCAUUGGGUGAUUGUAUUCAAUCAGCUCGACAACGUGUUCGGCAUACAAUUGAUGGUAAAGAUACAUUGUCCUGGCCUCGAUUACAUGCACUAUCACAAAUUAUCAAUGAAACUUUAAAUUAUAUGGGUCAUCGUUUAAAUAUUGUCAGUAUAAAUGAAAAUGAUGAUGAUAAUUCCAAUAAUUCCAUAGAACUAUCCAAUAAUAUUCAACGUGCUGAUAUUCUAUUACGUUUAGCAUUAUCUUUACUAGCUAUGGUCUAUGAAGUAAAACAAGUUAAAUUAGAAUCAUUAAAACAAUCCACUACUCAUCAUCAUCAUUUACCAUUAAUAUCCCAAUUAAAAGCAGUUCGUUUAGCUGCAGUCAAUUUACUUGUACAUUUAUUCUCAUCGAAAUGGCUUUGUAAAAUAAAAUUUUGGGGAGAAUCAACAAUCGCUGAUACAAUCACUGAUCAUCCUCCUCGUGAUCCUGAUCAUCAUGAUCCUCAUCCUCCACAGAUUGAUCGUUCAAUUAUUGUUAAACAAAUAUGUUGUAAUUCAUUAAUAUUCAAUGAUCUAUUACAUAGUUCAACAUUAUCAUUAAAUCAUUUCAUUAUACAAUUAAGUUAUAUAUGGUCAUCAUCAACUAUAUUGAAUGGAUAUUUAUGUAUGAAAUUUUUUGAUUCAACAUUAUUAGAUACAUUAUUUAAACUGUUAAAUAUGCAUUAUAAUAACAUAACGAGGACGACGACUACUACUGCCAAUACUACUAAUAUUAAAAUUAGUAGUAAAAGUAGUUCUACAUUGAAAUUGAAAAAUGAGAUUAUUGAAAAACUUGUAGAAAUUAUAUACAAUUUAGUAUUUCUACCUGAUGUAUGCACUACAGGUCGUGUAUUAAUCCAAUCUUUCCAUUCGGAAUUAGUCAAUUAUUUAAAUAAACGUUUACAAGAAUUAUGUCAUGUGAAAUCGACAUUUUUUGCAAAUCUUGGCAAAAAACCACAAUCAGGUUUACGUUUACAGCGUGAAUUUCAAUUAGUUGGUUAUUUAGCUCAAUUACCAUAUCAUUCAAACAAUAAUAUUGAUCAACACAAUAGUACAAAUUGUUUGACACCAGUUGAUGGUGAACGAUUACUUCAAGCAUUAUUACAAUUACUUCAACGUUCAUCAAUUCGUUCAUUGCGUAAUAAUGCCCUUGCCACUAAAUCAGCAUCAUUUAAACAUCGUAUUGCUAAUAAUCUCUUAGUGAAUUCAGAUGAAUCAGCUACACGAUAUGAUUUACAGUUAGCUACAGGUGAAGCAGUUGAAGCAGAACUUAUACAAUCUAUUCUUCAUCUUGUACAAAUUACAACAAAUAUUACUGUAUAUUUAAAAAAAAUAUUAGAUUUAUUUGUUUGUUCAAAAUCACGUAUUGCUCGUAGUCUCUUAUGUCAAGUAGUUGGUGUUUGUGUAUCACGUUUAAAAAAUUGGCCAACAAAUCUAAUUGAAAUUAUCUAUACGUUGAAUAAUAAUAAUACUGAAGAAGAUCAUAAAGAAGAAACGAAUUUAAGAUAUUUCAAAAAAUAUUUAUUAGAUCAUAAUCAAUCAACGGACUCCCUGAAUCAUUUAACUCAAAAUAUACUACUCAUGUUAAAUUCAUGGGAUACAACACAUAUAGAACAACCAGAUAUUAUACAACGUAUUCAUGGUUUUAAUUUACUUAUUGAAUUAUGUUUAUUAUUUAAAAUGAAUAAUCCACCGGAACAAUUCAUUUAUUUACAUCGUGCUGGUUUAAAUUGUGCAAUUUAUACAUUAAAUAAUGAUGAAUUACAGUUACGUGAUAUUGCAUUAAAUUAUACUAAUCAUUGUAUACAAUCUAUACAAUCUAGAUUAAUAAAGAUACAAAAUGGUACUACUAAUAAUGGUAGUAGUAGUAGUAGUAGUAAUAGUAAUAAUAAUUGUAAUGGUACUACUACUACUACUCAUAGUAACGAUACUACUACUAAUAAUAAUGAUAAUAGUAGUAUAGAUAAAGAGAAAUAUUAUCAUGAAUUAAUUAUUAAAUGUUUAUGGCCAAAUUUAAUUAACUCUUUAAAAGAUCUUACACAAUCAUCCAAUUUAAAACGUUUACAUUUAUUACGUCUAUUAAAUUCAAUGAUACGUACAUAUCAAUUACGGAAAAGAUUUUUAUCAUUAUCCUUAUUAUUAGAUAAUAAUAUAAUACAAAAUGAUUAUUAUAUAAAUUUACAAAGUGGUACAUUAUUACGUCAAUUAUGUGCUAUACGUCGUUUAUCUAUAUUUUUACAUAAUCCAUUAACAAUUAUAUCACGUCGUCAAUGGAACUUAGUAACUAAGCAUCACCACAACCACCACCCCUUAGCAACUAAAAAAUUAUUUCCUAUUUCACAAUAUGAUUUAUAUCAUAUAUUUUUACCAAUGAUAUGGUUUUAUUUAAAACCAGAAUUAAAUUCAUCUAUGAAUACUUAUACUACUACUGAUAAUAAUCAUACUAAUAAUAGUAGUAUAUUAGAAAAUCAUAAAAAAUUAAUUGAUUAUUGUUUAGAUGCUAUAGAAGGUUUAGCUAAACAAUUUAAUUGGAAAUAUUAUCGUAUUUUAUUAGAAUAUAUAAUGAAUCAAUUAAAUACAUGUAUCAAUAUUAAUUUAGCAUCACAAAUUAUGAUUCGUUUAAUUGAUGCUUUUCAAUCACCUAAUUGGAACUAUUCAAUCAAUAAUAAUGAAGGUGAUAAUGAACCAAUAAAAGAACAAGAUGAUCAUUCAAUGAUGGAACAAAAAGUUCCUUCAAUCAAUAAUAAUGGCGGUGAGGAGGAUAAAGAACCAAUACGAGGAGAAGAUGAUGAUUCACUAAUGGAAGAAAAAGUCCCUUCAAUCAAUAAUAAUGGGGGUGAGGAUGAUAAACAACCAAUAGGAGAACAAGAUGAUCAUUCAAUGAUGAAACAAAAAGUUCUUUCAAAAUCUUUGAAGUUAUCCAAGUUGAAUAAUAAUAAUAAUAAUAAUAAUAAUAAUAAUCAGAAUGAACAAAAAGAACAUUCAAUUAUUCUUAAUUAUAUGCUUAAUGUUAUUAAACGAUUAGAACCAUUUAUUGUUAAACCAAUUAAAAUCAAUAAUAAUGAAAUAAUGGAUCAUCAAAAAAAGAAUCUUAAUAAUCAACCUUUAAAAAUCUCCUUAGUAAUUUCAUUAGUUAUGUUACUAAGACGUUUACCAUUAGGAUAUCUUGAAUCACGUUUGCCAAAUCUUAUACUACGUGUUAUUGAUAUAUUACGUCCAUCACGUGAUAUUAGUUCUGAUAUACGUAAUGAAGCAUCGAAAUCAUUAUCACGUAUUGGAAGAUUAUUAGGACCAAGUAAAGGAUUAGAUAAAUUAUUUGAAAUUGUUAAUCAACAACUUGAACGUGGUGGUUACGCAUUUUGGCAAGUACGUUUAUAUACAUUACAUCGUAUAUUAGCUGAAGUAGAAGAAGCUAUUAAAUCAGGUGAAGUAUCAUUUAAAUGUGGUCAAUUAGAUUAUAUUGGUCGUAUAAUGAGUCAUCUUUAUUUAGAUGAAAUAGUAGGUAGAUUAGCUGAAGAAAUGGAUUCAAGACGUUCAGCAAAAUUAUCUGAUAAUAAUGCUAAAGAAUUAUCUAUGAAUGAUUUAACUGGUUCUAUGAAUACAGAUUUACCUGAAGCAAAUGGUUUAAAAUCACCGGAAGGUAUGACACGUCUAUGUAGAUUAUUAUCUGCUGAUGGUAUUAUUCAUUUAUUUACAGAGAUUAAAACGGCACUGCAUUGUGCUACAUCUGGUAUCACUUUAGAAUCCAAUGUAAAUAGUUCUAUGAAUUGUGGUGUACGUUUUCGACAUAAAGCAUUAGCUAGAAUUGAAUGUACAUUAGUACGUCUUCCAAUGAAAACAGGAAUUUUCUCAAAUAAAUUUCUUCAAUCUAAUAUCAAUAUUAUUUAUCAAUUAUUUCAACAACUUGUUAUUGAUAAUCUACAUGAAAUUACCAUUAAUAAUGAUCCAACUACUACUAAUACUACUGAUAAUUAUGAUAAUAGUAGUAGUAUUGUAUUUGGUUGGUGUCAACCAAAAUCAAAAUUAUUAGAACCACGUUGGAAAUAUUUAGAAUUAGAUCAUGAAAAAUCAAUAAUCCAAUCAAAUUCAUUAAUAAUCAAUAAUCAAUCACAUUUAAAACAAUCCCAUUUAUUAGUAUGUUGUGGUUUAUAUUUAUUUAUUGGUUUAAUACGUUAUCAUUGGUUAAAACAAAUCGAUCAUGAUCAUAAUGAUUCAUUCAAUCAAAUCAAUAUUAUUAAUCAAUUUCUUCCAUCAAUUAUUAAUUGUUUUAAUACAAAAUAUAUACAAAUUAUUAAUAUUACAAUGAAAUGUAUUCAAUUAUUUUUAUUGAUUACUACAUCAAAAUCAAUAAUUAAUCAAUUACCAGAAUUUUCAAAUUAUUUAAUAAAAAUUAAUGAAAAAUUAUUUGAAUUAUUAUCGAUUAAUCAAUCGAAUUUUAAUUUAUUUAAUAAAAUUCAAUCAAUUAAUUAUUAUACAGAAAAUUUUUCAAAAAAUUUAUAUUAUACUUUAACAUUAUUAUUACGUCAUCAAUAUAAUAAUCAUACAUUAACAAAUCAACAAUUAUUAACAUUAAUUAAUAUAAUCGAUAUUGAAUUGAAUAAUCACAAUACUACUACUAAUAUUAGUAAUAAUAAUAAUAAUGAAGAAUCAAUUCAUUCAUCAUUAUCUUUAUUACAUGUUAUAUUUCAAUAUCGUUUAAAUGAUCCAUUUAUUCAACAAAUUAAUCAUCAUGAUACCAAUCAAGAAAUGGAUCAAAAAUUAUCGAUUAAUAAUCAUACUACUAAUAAUAGUAGUACUACUAAUACUAAUGAAGUUGGUUCUCGUUUAAUUCAAUUAUAUAAUCAAUUAAAAUUAUUAUCAAUUACAUCGAAAUCUGAUCAAAUUCGUAUAAAAUCAUGUUAUUGUUUAAUUAAAUUUUUAUUAAAUUAUUCACAUUCACAAAAAUUUUUAGAAAAUUUUAUAAAAUUUUGUUUAAAACAAUUAGAAUAUAAAAAAUUAUCAGGUAGAUUAUCUGCAUAUUAUUUAUUAUAUAAUUUAAUAAAUCAUACAAUGAUUAUCCAUAUGAUUACUAAUCAAAAUAAUCAUCAUCAUUAUUUAGAUGAAUUAAUUUUAUUAAAUGUUGCUACAGCAAUAGAACGUGAAUCGUCAAAGAGAUUACGUCAACAAUUAUUAAAUUUAUUUUGUUUAUUAUUUAAUCAAUUAUCUAUUAAUAAAAUUAAAUUAUAUUAUGAAAAUUAUAUUAUAGCAUUUUUAACUGCACCCCCAGUAACAAGAUAUUCUACUCGGUUACUAGGAUUACAAAUUAUUCAAACUAUAUAUAAUAAUCAACAAUUAUUUAUAAAAAUGAAACAAUAUCAUAAUCAAUUAAUCAAUAUAAUUAGUAAUGAUAUAAUACCAUGUGGUAUGAUUCAAUUAAAUCGAUUAGUUUAUUCUAAUUUAUCAAUAAUGAUAAAUAGUGGUCUUAAUGAAUUAGAUAAUUAUAAAAGAUCAUUGAAAACACCAAAAGAAGAAUAUAUACAAAAUCAAAUUAUAAAAGAAGAUGCUAAAUGGAUGAGUGAAAUUGAAUUACCUAAAAAUGCUUAUGAUGAUGAUGACGUUGAUGAUCAUGAUGAUGACGACGAUGAUGAUGAUCCUAAGGAUACUUCAAAAUUGUCCAAAGAUUGUGAAAAAUCCUCAAGUUCAGAUGAUGAUGAUAAUGAAGGAGGAGAAGAUAUAGAUUUCAAUGAUGCUGAUUUUGAUGACAAUAUGGAUUUAAAUUAUGAUGAAGAUCCAUUUACUAAUGCUGAUACAUUUGAAACUAUUGAAAAUAAUAAACAUACUAAUGAUGCGAUCAAUAAUGAUACUAAGCAAUCACAAUCAACAACAUCUACCAGGGAACUUAAAUGUUCAAAAUCGGCUAUGGAUAACCAAUACUUUAUAGUUGCUCAUACAUUAGAACAUGCCUUAAAACUGGUUUAUCAAAUGAUUACUAAACCAAAAGAAGAUUCAACCAAUACAUUAGAUAACAAUAUAGAUACCUAUAUAUCUUCCAUUAAACUGUCAUCAUUUUGGCGUAUUCUUAUCAAUGGACCUAAAUAUGAUAAUCAUCUAUCAUGUCCAAUAACUGAAUUUCAAUCUAAAAAAUAUCGUAAUGCAUUAAAUAAACGUCGUGAACAAUAUAGUACAUUAUUCUCUAUAGAAACAACAAAAACAAUGCCAAAGAACAAUACAGAAGAGAAACCUAAAAAAAUUAGUCUACUCAUAGCAGGUCAUCGUGAAACACGUGAAUGGGCUACACGUUGUUUAAAUUUAUUAUUAAAAUGUGAAGUCAUGACAAAUCAAGAUCGUUUUAUAAAACAGACAAUUGAAAUGGAUUAUGAAUUAUCUGGUUUAAAUGUACGAUCAGCUUUGUUUAAAAAAUUACAGAAGAAUAAAUCAAAUUUAAACAAAGUGUUGCAAAGAAUACUAACUGGUUUAUUAUUUCAAUUGGAAGUUGACGCACGUGUACCUAUUUCAGAAGAAUGGUCAAAUGCGUUAUUAUCUAAUUUGAUUUAUCUUGGACAAUUAUUACAUUUAAGUGUUGGACGUAAACCAGUAUUGAGAAUAUUUCGUAUUGCUAAUAAAAUUGCAUUGGAUGAAUUAAACAAUAGACCACAAUAUUAUUGUCAAAGGCUACUAGCUUUGAAAUUGACUACCGGUCUUUUAUUACGUCUACCCCAUCCAAAUACAACGCAACUAUUUGAUAUGUUCUCACUAAAUACUCGACCUUCAAGUGAUUCUGAUAAUCAAUUGUUAGAUCAGUCAGAUGAGAAUCUAUCCGUUAAAAAACAAGUUCCAGCUUAUUUUGCCUACUUAAGAUCUGCUUCGAAAUUAAUUAGUCGGGAAUUUCGUCAGCGUGAACGAUUAGCUUUUACAGCAGCUUCAUCAUUAGCUUCAGCUGUCAACGAUGAUACAACAGAUAUGGGCGCCAGAAUACGACUACGUGGUAUGCAUCUCUCUAAAGAACUUACUGCUAGAGCAAAAUCAAGACGAAGAAGAGCACAGGCUCGCCUCCGUCGUGCACUCAUGUCAGGUACAAUUAGACCAGAGAGUGCGAAUAGCCUUGUUGCUUCUGUAUCAGCUGGAAUGGCAAAGGCAGGACCUGAUCAAUUAGUUGAAUUAAUUGAGUCAACUGAAUCUGCUCUUACCCAAGAACUUGGUGGUGGAAAUCAUCAACUCAUUCAGAUUAUAUGCAGUCGUGCAUCAUUAGGCGCUCGUGUUAUUCGAGAACGACGCAAGUUGCAUAAGGUCACUCGUAAUGCUCUUGGUAUGGCAUGGAAUGGUCCAGUGAAAAAGAAAUCCAAGCUAUUAGAUGUAGCAUCUCAACCUUUGGAAAUGAAUAAUUUCAGUGCGGACGAAGUUGACACAUCUAAUCGGUUGCAAAAAAGAAAAUUAUCUUCGGAUGAAGCCUCUGUAGAACGUAAUCAAAAGGCCACACAGCACAAGAAAACGAAGAAACCGCGAAUAAGUUUGUAA